AUUAACGUUCUUUUGGAUGUUCUCCCAUGAUAACCAUAUACGUAAAUUGUUCACAGAGAUGUUCCAAAAGUUUUGAGAAGGAUAACCGGUGGCAUCGCAAAAGGUGGCGAAAAACAACACCACAGCUGGUAAACCUACGAUCAUCCCAAUUGCGCCAAUGGGUCCUCCAAACCUAAUGAUGUAAAUAAGUAUGUGUAUGCUUGUUUGGAGUACAACUCUGUUCGCUUACUCAUAGUGCUUGGUGACGGGAUUAAGCUUGGAUGAGCUGACGGUGGUAGAUCCUUGGUUUUUUUUGGCCAUGGAUGAGCGCGUUCGUCGAAAGGCGGGAGGAGUAUCUGCUGAGGUUGAGGAGGCAGUACGUUCUGCUGCAGCACGUCUUCGGGUAGUCACCAUUUUGUGAUCAGGGAUUCACCUUUAUACAGAUUGCUGGGUAGGGCAAAAAAUGAAGAGGUAAUGCGAGAAAACCCCGCUGCCCGCCUAAACCUUUUCAUAUCCGCGCGCUCAUCGUUAAAAUCGAGAUGUGGAUUUUUUUUUUCUUUUUUUUUUUUUCUGCUGUUCACAUCUCCGUCCUCAAUUUCCCCAUAUACUUAUAAUGAGUCGCGGUCAUACAUCCAGAUGAUUGUAUCUAUGUGUCUUCCUCGUCCAUUCAAGUGUAAUUGGGAGCAUUUUACAAUUGAAUUGCCUACGGUGGCCAAGGUUCACCUGACACCUUUUUCCACGUAAGAUGGAGUAUACGGUUCCUGUUUUGAGUUGAUCCUUUCUUGCACGUUGUAUACCCCAAACAGUUGUCAUUCUGUGUU